AUGAUCCAGCGAGGAGGAUUGGGGAUUGGAAAAAUGAAGGCUUUGGCUUCGAUUUCGGGUUCGGGUUCAUCGAUGGUGGAGUCGGGGCAGAGCUACUAUCAACUACUGCAAAGGUGCUGGGUGAGCGGAACAGCGAAAGGGAAGGGCAAGAUUAAGGAAGGUAAGCCAUUGAAGAGAUCAAAAGUAACCACCAAAAAAACAACAGCAGCGCCUGCAGGAGGUGGGCCCCGACGGAGGUCCGAAUUCGACGAGCUGGUUGAUGAAUGCCUGGGUUCAGCUCCCCCGAUCCGAUACCUGAAACCCGACGAGAAAGCCCGGGAAGCCGAACGGGAGAAAAUGGGUCUGAAAAGCAAGGCGAUGGAAGAACAGCAGAAGAAGUGGAAGAAAAUGGCGAAGAAGAAGAACGAGUUCGACGCGCCGUUUCUGAUGGGCCUCCCGGGCGGACUGGAUUUGAUAAGUUUGGGCCUAGUGGAUGCGGAUAAGAUCCCGGCGUAUGAGUUGACCGUGGAGGAUGGCCGGCGGCUUGCCAAGGAGUAUUCUAGGGUUUUGAUGAGGAAGCAUAGAGCUAGGCAAGCUGCUGAGACUGCAUUGCUGAGGUGUAAGAAAGAGGCGAUUGAGGCCUUGCCGGAGAAGUUGAAGGCUGCUGCUUUGGUUCCGGAUUUCACACCGUUUCCGAUUAACCGAUUCAUGGCGACUUUGACCCCUCCCAUCGAAGGAUACUUAGAGAAGGUCCAGGAAGCAGCUAAGAGAAGCGCCGGAAAGGAGAAGCUUAGAUGA